AUGGCCGAGCCCGUUGCCAAGCACGCCAAGCCGACGCUCGGGCCGGUCACCGCGCAAGUCCUCUUGAGCCCGGCGCUCCUUGGUGAAGUCCUGCGCUAUGAACCAGGUCUGCGCCUCGCCGACUGGGAAGACGGCGACCGCGCAGUCCAGCGAGGGUACCUUCUCGUCGUCCAGUAUGCGCCUCGCCUCGCGUUCCGCGAUACGAAUGCGCUGGACGUCGCCGCUGCAAAUGGCCACCUCGCGCUCGUCCAGUGGCUCCAUGCAAGUCCACUGCACACGCUCACGGGGUCGCCGGCCGCGAUCGACGGCGCUGCCCUCGGUGGGCACAUGGACGUCAUCGAGUGGCUGCAUGCGCACCGCGUCGACGGCUGCAGCGCCGACGCCUUCUCGAACGCUGCUGCGAGUGGCAGCCUCGACAUCUUAGACUUUCUGCGCGCGCAGUACCCCGACAUGCUGCUUCCCGCCGUGACAUACCACGAAGCCGCCGAGCAUGGCCACGUGUCGAUUCUGGAGCGCCUUCCGACGACGUUCGCUGCCGACGCCGACGUGCCGCUCUGCCUCAUGGACGCGGCAGCAAAAGGUGGCCACUUGAGCGUGGCGCAAUGGCUGCAUGCACACAAGCUUGGUGAGUGCAGCCAUGCGAUGGACUAUGCGGCCGAAGGUGGGCACCUCGAGCUGCUCCAGUGGCUGCAUGCCCACGGGUACGAAAGCUGCUCGACGGACGCCAUGAACUGGGCCGCCAACUGCGGACAUUUGCACGUUAUACAGUGGCUCCAGGCGAAUCGGACCGAAGGCUGCACGGAGGACGCGGUCGAUUUUGCGGCUGAGAAUGGGUUUUUGCACAUUGUGCAGUGGCUGCUGCGGCACCGCGACGAAGGCGAGACGACUGCGGCCAUGGACCUCGCCGCCAAGAAUGGACAUUUCGACGUGGUCGAGUGGCUGCACACGCACCGCGACGUGGGCGCGACGACCGCAGCUAUGGACGGCGCGGCCAAGCGCGGCAACCUUGGAAUGCUCGAGUGGCUGCACACCCAUCGCACAGAAGGCGUAUCGACCAACGCGAUCGAGUUUGCGGCUGAGAAGGGCCAUGUGCACGUGUUGCACUGGCUGCAGACGCACACGACUGCCGCGUGCACGCCAGACGCCAUGGACACAGCGGCGACCAACGACCAGCUCGAGGCGCUGGUGUGGCUGCACACCCACCGCACCGAAGGGUGUACGGUCGACGCGAUGGCGUAUGCGGCCGAACAAGGUCAUUUGCGCAUUGUGCAAUGGCUCCAUGAACACCGAAGCGAGGGUUGCACGACGGAUGCAAUGGACUGGGCCGCGCGCCACAACCACCUCGACGUCGUACACUGGCUCCACACGCACCGGUCCGAAGGCUGCUCGUCGGACGUUGUCGAUGUGAUCGUUCGCGCUGGCCAUCUUCGCCUCCUGCAGUGGUGGCACGCUCAUCGGCCCGAGCGAUGCACGACGAAUGCCCUCGCGCUCGCGUGCGAGUACGGCCAUGUGCCCAUCAUCGCCUGGCUCACGGCCCAAGGCGAGCGCACCAACAAGAAGGCCAUGAACCGUGCGGCCGAGGCCGGCAAUCUUCACGUGCUUCGGUGGCUCCACGCGCACCGCAGCGAGGGCUGCAGCAUCGAGGCGGUCGAGGCCGCGCUCCUUGAAGAGCACCCGCACGUCUUCAAAUGGCUCUGCGAGCACCGGCGCGAGCUGCCCUUGCGCAAGUGUGUACGCCUCGCCAAGCAACACGGUCCGUCGAACCUCGUGCGCUGGGUACAGAACCUCGUGGAACAGCGAGCGACCAACGAGAAACCCUAGCCCUUGGGCAACCAAUGCAAAUGUAAAUCGACGCCAUGAGGAGCG